UCACUCUCUAUGCAAUACAAUUUUCUGCUAUUUCUUCAGCUUUUUUAUUUUACUUUAUUUUAUUUUUUGGCUUUUCCUGAAGCUUUCUUUUCCUUUCCUCUCUUCUCUGUCUCUUUCAGUUUUCUUGAUCUCUCUGUGAAGAGCUUCAGCGAGCUUCCCCUCUCCUUCGAAAUUUUGAAUAAUAGUGUUAUUUUCUAUGGCGCCCAAAUUCAUUCAUUAAUUUUUGGAUCCAUUUUUGCUAUUUUUUUGUCUAGUUAGGUGGGGAAAAUCAGUGGAGAAGCUAAACAACAGACAAAAAAACCAGAAAUAAACCCUAAAACCCCACUACAGUCUGUUCCAUUACCAAAGCAGAGACACAUUUUCUAAAGACUUAAAAGCUUCAUUAUUGUUACCCAUUUGAUCCUCUUUCUCUUUCUUUUUUCUCUGAAAGUUUUGAGCUUCUUCUCAGUGUGGGUUGCAAAAACCCACAUUGCUACCACUCUGUUUGAGAGAGAGAAAAAAGGAGCAGAAACCCAGACAUGCCAAAUCAAAAACCCUUUUGGAACAAAAUCCUGUUCUUCUUCUUCUUCUUCGUGCUAUCUGUCUAUGUCAAUGUAGCUCCAGUGAGCUCCAAAUCCACGAUCGAGCCCUGUUCCAACUCCGACUCGUGCAACGCUCUGCUGGGUUACACCGUUUACACCGAGCUCAAGGUCUCCGAGGUGGCUUCCCUCUUUCAAAUCGACCCCAUUGGUAUCCUCACCGCCAAUGCUAUCGACAUUUCGUACCCCGACGUUGAGAAUCACAUCCUCCCCUCCCAGCUCUUCUUGAAAAUACCCAUUACCUGCUCCUGUGUUGACGGAAUUCGGAAAUCGGUUUCGACCCAUUACAAGACCCGGCCUUCCGAUACACUUGCAUCCAUCGCCGACUCGAUAUAUUCGGGUUUGGUGUCCGCGGAUCAAAUCCGGGAGGCGAAUUCGAUAUCCGACCCAACGGUUCUCGAUGUGGGUCAGACCCUCGUUGUGCCUCUUCCUUGUACCUGCUUCAAUGGGACCGAUAAUUCGCUGCCUGCUAUCUACUUGUCGUACGUGGUGCAGCCGGUGGAUUCCUUAACCGCGAUUGCGGGAAGAUAUUCGACGACCAUUACUGAUUUGAUGAAUGUUAAUGCCAUGGGGAGUACGGCUAUUAAGGCUGGUGAUAUCCUUGCGGUUCCAUUGCCAGCCUGUGCGUCGAAUUUCCCUCGAUAUGCCUCAGAUUUUGGCUUAAUUGUGCCUAAUGGGAGCUAUGCCAUUACAGCAAGUCACUGUGUGCAAUGCAGUUGUGGGCCAGGAAAUCUCAAUUUGUACUGCAUGCCUGCUUCUUUAGCAGUUUCCUGUUCGAGCAUGCAAUGCAAAAACAGUAAUCUCAUGGUGGGGAAUACUACGGCACAGAAGAGUGGUGGUGGUUGCAACGUCACUACUUGUAGCUAUGGUGGCUUUGUGAAUGGCACCAUAAUCACAGCGUUGUCAACAUCCCUUCAACCCCGCUGCCCAGGGGCACAGCAAUUUCCUCCGCUUAUAGCCCCACCAUCUUCAGUAAUCAGGGAGUCUAUUUAUGCACCAGCACCUUCACCUCGGUCAGAUGGUGCUGGCACACUAAGUCCCAAAUCUCCUCUUGUGCCUACAACAUCUGGAUCGCAUCCUGGAUUGCCCUUGCCCCCUGAAAGUGGCCCUAGUGGAAGUGCUUCUGAUGCUUCCCCGGUGAAUCCUUUAGCUACUUUGACAAGUGCAUCUUUGUUAUUUUGCUUUGUUAAGUUCAUAAUGGCUAUAUUGUAAUAGUUUUGCUUAUCAACUGUGCGCGGUGCGCUUAAGAGGUAGGGUUUUGCCAUGGGGGGUUUGUUUUGUUUUUUUGACAGGUUCUUCUACUUGUCUAUUGUAUUUAACCUUAUAUUUAUUUGGACUGUUAAACUGAUUUAUGGUUGUGGCAAACCAUGAGCUGUGAAGUUGUUAUUAGUAUUUUGUUUAGUCAAAUGUCCUUUCUGCAAUCUAUUCCUGAUACUAUUCCCCGGAA